CUUCCGUAGGAGUGUGAGUGGUUGGAGCGUGACGCAGAAGCGCUGAACGGGCAGAACAUUUCUAGUGUCAAGAUGGCGACAUCGGAGCCGAAAGCACCUGAAUCUGAGGAUCAACAGACUGACAGCCAGGUCGUUGCAAAUCCAGAGCAGUAUAUCAAACACCCCUUACAAAACAGAUGGGCCCUGUGGUAUUUCAAAAAUGACAAGAGCAAAAGCUGGACAGAGAACCUUCGCCUCAUUUCCAAGUUUGACACAGUGGAAGACUUUUGGGCGUUAUACAACCACAUACAACAACCUAGCAAACUUGGCUUUGGCUGUGAUUAUUGUUUAUUUAAGGAUGGGAUCAAGCCAAUGUGGGAGGACGAUAGGAACAAGCUGGGGGGCCGAUGGCUGAUGACCCUCAAUAAGCAACAGAGACACAACGACCUUGACCGUUACUGGAUGGAAACGCUCUUGUGUUUAGUCGGUGAGUCGUUUGAUGAGGCAAGUGAAGACGUGUGUGGAGCCGUGGUCAACGUCAGACCUAAAGGUGACAAAAUAUCCAUCUGGACAAGCAACUGCCAAAACAGGGAAGCCAUCAUGACGAUAGGUCAACUUUAUAAAGAGCGUCUGAGCCUCCCCAUCAAAGCCAUGAUCGGCUACCAGUCACAUGACGACACAUCCAGCAAGAGCGGAUCCACCACCAAGAACAUGUACUCAGUUUGAACCCCACCUCCCACCCCCCAUUUCAACUCGCUGUAGAUUUAAACAAUUACCAAACUGCAUCAUCACAAUAAUUUCAGAGUUGUCGACUACUGUAGAGUCUUUUCCUUUUAUUAAACAGAGAAUUGUUCAUAGCGUGUACAGUUGGAGCUUCCUCGACAUGAGAAUAAGAGGGGUGAUAGUUAAAUAUGAGGAGGAGGUCUUAAAGGAGAACAUAUGAGAACAUAAAAUGAUUUGCUUUUAGAGUUGAAGAGUUCUGUGAUUAAAACUAGUGGCCUCCCCGUGCUUAGCUAAGAAGCAGCUUUUUUUCACCACUUUAACAGCUUGGAGUUUAAAAAACGAGAAGACACAUUUCUUUACUGAACAGCCUCGUGUUGUUCUCAUGUUGAGUUUUCACUCCAGACAAAAACAAAGGAAAGUGUUUUUCACCUCACAGGAAAAAAAGGUACGCAACUUAUCCUCUUACUGAACAAAUUUUAAGGGCAAUUUUAACUUGAUUUAUCCAGAAGUGUUACGCAUGAAGAAUCUACAGUAUCUUAAAGGUGUGUAAAAGCCGUGGUCACACUCCAACGUGUAGAGUUUGGAUUUAAGGCCACUUGUUUGUUUCAGCCACGCUGGAAUUGUGGAAUAUUGCUUGUAGUACUUUUUGAACUUUUUUUCUUCCCCUUACAUUUAUUUAUAAUGUAUGCAUUGCAGUUGAACUACUUAGUUGAAAGACAAACAUGAAACUUGUGUUAUUUUCAAUUUGAUUUUUAUUUUUUCUUUUUUUUUUGUUAUUAAAGUUAAUAAUGUGGACUACUGCAUAUAGGUUACAUUUUUUACAGUGUACUAUACAGUAAAGAUUCUGACAAAAUUAGGUGUGCUUUUCACUGUUUUCUUCCUAACAAAAACUGUAGAUAAUGUCACUCCUCUGUUGGUUGAUGCAAAGGAAAGAUGAUAUUCAUUGUGAAAUGAUUUUGCUCAUAAUGUAUCUUUAUUAUCUGUAAUUCCAGGAUGUAUAUUACCUUCUUUCAAGUAAAGGUUAAGUGCUUUGCAUUAAAACCAGAA